UCACCUCCUGUCUGCCGUUCGAUACAACGAUGACCAAACAAUGGGAUAUCACCGGCUUAACGGAAGAUGAUCCGUUUUUCCGGUGGAUCGUGGAGGAAGUGAACGCUCACGUAGAUUUCGAUAGGCUAUUAUUUCCAACGACCUGCAAAGAACCAAAAGACAAUCAGCAGCACCAAACCUUCGGCAACGUCUGCUCCUACUAUUGCUUAAACAAUUGCUGUCAUAACAACCAAACAAAUUUCAACAACAACGCGUACGAUGAUCAGGCUUUGAAAACGACCAUCUACCAAAGUAAAAAAAGCAUCAGCGAAGGGAAACGAAUGGGUAAGCUGUGGGAAUUCCUGCGGAAUCUCCUCUUGGACGAGAGGACGUGUCCGAGUUUAAUCAAAUGGGACAACUACGCCGAAGGUACGUUCAAGUUCGUGCAGAGCGAGAAAGUGGCGCAGAUGUGGGGUAAUCGCAAGAACAAUACGAAGAUGAACUACGAGAAGUUGAGCAGAGCAAUGCGGUAUUAUUACAGAACGAAGGUGCUGCUUCCUGUCGCCGGUCGACGGUUGGUCUACAAGUUCGGUCCAAGGGCGACCGGCUGGAGGACGAAAAAUCCAAUCCUUGAUUAAUAUUUUAUAUUGUUAACUUUUGUAUAUUUGUAUAAAAACUAUUAAAGAAAA